UGAGUCCUUUACGCUUUCAAGUCAUAUUCUUUAUGGCAGACCUACCCCACUUUAUAGUUCCAUAUAAGCAAAGCUUAAACACCUAUAAGAAUGUAGCCUUUGCAGCUUAAUUGCACAAGAAAAACGAUUACUGGGAAUUAAAGAUUUGUUUGGUAAUAUUCUCUUCUCUGAUACCUAUUAAGAAACCAUGUGUGUUUUGCAACACAGGCACAAUGCUCGCAAUGUUUGAGAGAGUAACAAUCUGUUUUAACUUGUACUAUUCCCAUAAAUACAAUAGUCUAUUUCUAAGAACUACGGUUAAUAGUUCUGUAUAGCCCCAAAGCCUGCAUGCCUUAGUCCAAUGCAGUAUGAUAAUUUGUGUAUUUUAUAGUCUCUAAGCCAGCCUUUCCCGAACCCUGGUGCCUUUCAGCUGUUUUGGACUACAGAUUCUCGCAGCUCCAGCCACCAUGGGACUUGUGCUCCCAAACAUCUUGAAUGCAUCAGGUUGUCAAAGGUUGCUCUGGGCAAAUCGCUUGCUGCCAAAAUUGAGAAAAGGAAACAAGUAGUUGAAAUCAACCAACAUUCAUCACAUAGAACUAAGCAUUUCAGUGGGUUGACUGAGUAAAAGUUAUAUGGCUACAGUCCAUGCAUGACCUUCUAAUUCACUUUCAGAGGCUUCACAUUGCUUGCUCUGAUGCUAAAAACUGAACAGAUAACUGACAUACGUGUUUGUGCUGUUGUCCAAAUACAGAUGCAGUGUUUUUAAUAAAACCUUUUUUUUUAAUUUGGGAGGAGGCAGAGAUUCCUCUUUUAAAACAGAACUUUACAAAAUUGUUUUGGUGUAUAAUGAAGUGUAACCUACACAGCUGUGAUUGGAUUUAAGGACAGGUUAAAUACAGAUGCCAUUGGCAGCUGCUGCAAUCUUCUGCUUCUCGUGUCCAUCAGAGACUCUCUGUUACAUAAAAUGGGGCGUCUGGCAGCCUAUGUAGUCCAGUCUCCUGGAGCCAGCAGUGUGCUGAGGGCCAGUUCCUCCAAGCUGGAGGUUUGGGUAAUGGGGCAAAGGUUUUGUGCCAAGCAGCGAGCACGUUACAGGCUGUGUGACUAUAGUCCACUUUCUUUCCCCUUGUUGUUUCAUUGUAAUCCACUUCUGCAUGGGGAUUUAGGUCUCUGGAAAACAUUCAAAGGCCUCUCUUGAGCAGCGGGGCGAAAUCUCAUAAAGCUUCGGGAGGAUUUGAGUGGUGAAAGAUGCUUCUGUUCCCCAGGGCCCAGCUGAUUGGCUCAUAUGUUUCCAUAAAGCUGUUGCUCCCGUCAGUAAAACCUAACCUUCAUAUAAAUACCCAGCACACAUCUCCGACUGCCGUACUCUGCAUUUGGCUCAGGGAAGUCCAGAUCCUUUCCUGGGGAGAAAAUGGCCAGCCAAGUUGAACAUCCAGCAGGUGGAUACAAGAAGCUCUUUGAGACCGUGGAGGAACUCUCCUCACCAAUAACUGCUAAUGUCACGGGCAGGAUUCCAGUCUGGCUCAGAGGCAGUUUACUCAGAUGCGGGCCGGGUUUAUUUGAAGUUGGCUCAGAACCAUUUUAUCAUUUGUUUGAUGGCCAAGCACUUCUUCACAAGUUUGACUUCAAGGAGGGGCAUGUCACUUAUCACAGGAGGUUUAUCCGGACCGAUGCCUAUGUAAGGGCAAUGACUGAGAAAAGAGUCGUGAUUACAGAAUUUGGCACCUAUGCUUACCCAGAUCCAUGCAAGAAUAUAUUUUCCAGGUUUUUUUCAUACUUCCAAGGUGUGGAGGUCACCGACAAUGCCCUGGUGAAUGUGUACCCCGUGGGUGAAGAUUUUUAUGCCUGUACCGAGACAAACUUCAUAACAAAAAUUAACCCAGAGAAUCUGGAAACAAUUAAAAAGGUGGAUAUCAGCAAAUAUGUUUCUGUCAAUGGAGUAACAGCACACCCCCACGUUGAGAAUGAUGGAACUGUUUACAAUAUGGGCAACUGCUUUGGAAAGAAUUUUUCCCUUGCCUACAACGUUGUACGGAUACCUCCCCUGCAAGCAGAUAAGAAAGAUCCAAUGACCAAAUGUGAGGUGAUUGUUCAGUUUCCUUGCAGUGACAGGUUCAAGCCAUCUUAUGUGCACAGCUUUGGAAUGACUCCAAAUUACAUCGUAUUUGUGGAAACACCAGUGAAAAUCAACUUGCUCAAGUUUCUUUCUUCCUGGAGUCUUUGGGGUGCCAACUACAUGGAUUGUUUUGAGUCAAAUGAAAAAAUGGGGGUAUGGAUGCAUGUAGCUGAUAGGAAAAAAAAGAAGUACCUCAACAUCAAAUUCAGGACUUCACCUUUUAACCUUUUUCAUCACAUCAACACCUAUGAAGAUCACGGUUUUCUGGUUGUGGAUUUAUGCACAUGGAAGGGGUUUGAGUUCGUUUACAAUUACUUAUAUUUAGCCAAUUUACGGGAGAACUGGGAAGAAGUGAAGAAAAAUGCCCAGAAAGCUCCUCAACCUGAAGUUCGUCGAUACGUCCUUCCCCUAAAUAUUGAGAAGGCUGACACUGGCAAAAACUUAAUCACAUUGCCUAAUACAACAGCUACUGCAGUUCUGCACAGUGACGAAACCAUCUGGCUGGAGCCAGAAGUUAUUUUUUCAGGGCCCCGUCAAGCUUUUGAGUUUCCACAAAUAAACUAUGCAAAGUAUUCUGGGAAACCGUACACAUAUGCAUAUGGACUUGGAUUGAAUCACUUUGUUCCAGACAGGCUUUGCAAGAUGAAUAUCAAAACAAGAGAGACAUGGGUAUGGCAAGAACCAGAUGCCUAUCCCUCUGAACCAAUCUUUGUUUCACACCCAGAUGCCCUGGAAGAGGAUGAUGGUGUUGUCCUGAGCAUUGUCAUUAGUCCUGGAAGUGGACCAAAGCCUGGCUACCUUUUGAUCUUGAGUGCAAAGGACAUGAGUGAAGUCGCCAGGGCAGAAGUGGACAUAAACAUCCCAGUUACUUUUCAUGGACUCUUCAAACGAGCAUGAUGGUUGCA